AUGGAGUGGAGAAAAGGAAGUCUUGACAGUUCGAUAGAAGAAGAAGACACCUCUGAUAAUGACUUGGACAUGGAGUACGAUGAAGCUAACGAGGAGACUUUAUUUGAUGACUUAUAUUAUAGUGAUGAGGAUGGUCACAUUGGUUGCAAAAGAGCGCGAUGUUCAAAAAAAGAGGUUGAUCCAAACUCUAAAAUGUCAGUACCUGAGGUUGAGGAUAUUUACGAGAAUGGGAAGAUAUUGCUUAGGUUGUGGAAAAAAUUCAGGGACCACAAGCACUUUGGGGAUGUGUUGAAAGAUUUUUCUAUUCAGGAAGUGAAGAAUAGGAUAGCAACAUCAGGCUGGAUUGCAAAGAAGCUUCUAAAGAGUUUUGCUAAAACACUUGAUUUGAGUUUGCAAAAAAUGAGGGAUGAGUUGAAAGACAAUUUUGGCAUUGAAGCCACUAACAAACAUCUAUGGAAAGCUAGACAGAAAGCAAGAGGAGAUUUGGGAAGUGGUUAUGUACACUCUUAUGCAAAUUUAAGACGAUAUAUUGUUAUGGUUCAUAACACUAAUCCCAGAAGUGCUGCUAUUGUACAGAGCCAGCUGGUGUCAAUCAUGAGUGAGGAAGAAGGAAGAAUGCAGCCACAGUUCAAGCGUAUUUUCAUAUGUUAUGAAGGGGUCAAAAGUGGGUUCUUAGCUGGAUGUCGACCAUUUUUUGUCUUAGAUGGUUGCCAUUUGAAAGGGCCAUACAAGGGCAUCUUCUUGGCUGCUGUACGGGUUGAUGCAAACCAACACUUUUACCCACUUGCUUAUGCAAUUGUGGAAGCUAAAAAUACAGAAAGUUGGCGCUGGUUUUUAGAGCAAUUAAUCAGAGAAAUUGGGGAAAUGGCCAAUGGUCAGCCAUGGUGUAUCAUGAGUGAUAGACAAAAGGGUUUGAUUGAGGCUGUGGCAUCCAUCCCAAAUGCAAAACAUCGUUAUUGUUUUUUUCAUAUCAAGAACAACAUGAUAAAAAAGUUUGGCACAUCAAAACUUAGAGGCAUGUUUUCGGCAGCAAUUAAGACAGCGAAUUUUGACAAUUUUAAGCAUAUAAUGGUCAUGAUAAAGAAAUUCAAUAUAGAGGCACAUGAGUGGUUCUCAAAUAUAGACUUUGGCCAUUGGACUUUGAGCAAUUCUGACACAAGAGCAAAGGUUGAACACCUCACAAACAAUUUUGUUGAGUCGUUUAAUGAUUGGAUAGAGGAGCAUCACUACAAGCCUCCCAUUGAAUUGUUGGAAGGGUUAAGAAUACAACAUGCUGAAAUGUUGUGUACACAGAAAGAGGUAGCUGAAAGAUGGGAGCAGAAGCUCACUCCAAGGGUCCAUCUAAAGGUACAUGAAUUGCUCAAGAAAGGUAGACUAGCACAUGUAACCAGGGUUGGUCAAGAAGAAUUUCAGGUGGAUUAUGACAAGAAAAGGUGUAUUGUUAAAUUAAAUGAGUGGUAUUGCAUUUGUGGCCAAUGGCAAGUGAGAGGAAUACCUUGUAUUCACGCGGCUGCUUGUAUAAACAAAAUGAGGGCCAACAUAGAAGAUUAUUGCUAG